AUGGGGAAUCACGCGUUGAUUUAUGGCGCGUCUGGUAUCUCAGGAUGGGCUAUCGUGAAUGCUAUCUUGAAUGGCUACCCUUCCAAAGAUACGUUUUCAAAAGUGACGGCACUCGUUAACAGGCCGUUGUCAAGAGACAUGGCAUUGUGGCCAGAUGAUCCGAGGUUACAGAUUGUUUCAGGUAUUGAUCUGCUCAAGGGGAGCCAGGAGGAGCUUGAGCAGAAGAUAAAAGACAAUGUGAAGGAUGUUGAAAGUGUCUCUCAGGUGUAUUUCUACUCUUACAAACAGACCGACGACAAUGACCUUGAGUGCAAAACGAACGAAGCUAUGCUUGAGCGAGCUGUGACAGCUAUAGAGCAAUUAUCUUCGAAGCUCUCCUAUGUUGUCCUUCCCUCAGGGACUAAGAUCUACGGGUGCCAAAUGCUCGACAAAUUCCCAUUUGCGAACGACUUGCCACUGAAGGAAACACUCCCUCCCAUUCCCGAACCAGCGCUAUCGCAGCUCUUCUACUACAACCAGAUUGAUUGCUUGAAGCGCAUAUCUAAAGGGAAGAACUGGAAUUGGUGUGAGGUCCGACCUGACAAUAUCAUUGGCUUUGUACCGAACAACAAUGCUUAUUGUCUUGCCCAAACACUUGCGCUCUACCUUUCGCUGUACCGUUCCAUAGAGGGCGAAGGAGCCAAAGUUCCAUUCCCUGGAACCGAAAAGUCUUGGGUGAACAAAUACAACGAAUCGCCACAAGAUAUGGUUGCGCAUUUCUCCAUCCAUGCAUCAUUGCAUCCCGAGAAGACCGCUUCAAAGAGCUUCAAUGUCGGUGGGCAGGAGGAUACUUGGAGCGGGAAAUGGCCAGUCAUUGCGGAGUAUUUCGGCCUAAAAGGUACGGGUCCCGAAAAGGACUCACCCCAGCCAGGAGCCUACAUUGCUGCGCAUAGAAAUGAAUGGGAUGAAUUGGAAAAGAAAUACAGCCUCAAAAAGGGGUCUGUCGACAGCGACAUUACACAUCCUGGAUUCCAAUACUACAUCAUGACGAUGUUCGACUUCGAUCGACAGAUGAGUAUGGAAGCGUCCCACAAAGUGGGCUACACAGAGGAAAUUCGCACUCCUGAGACCUGGAAAAUUGCUUUUGACCGGAUGAGGAAAGCCAAAGUGAUCCCUUAAUUAACGGGAGUGUAUUGGAUAGCUAUCAAGUUUUGUUGUGUGCACAGCUACGAUUACGAUAUAUCCUACAGCGACAAUGUUGGUUGCAUCCUGCGAAUAUGAGUAUUUUCCACAAUAGCCAAAUCGAUAUAUGUUGUAUCCACAUUUCAAGAAGUUUCUAUGCGGAGAAUCAGCGGAGAAAUGUUCGAUUCAAUUGGGACCUGACUAGCUUGAGAGAAUGAAUCAGUGUCCCAUGAUGGCAACGUAACGUAACCAAAGAGAUGGUGUAUUAAUGGUGUAGAGAUGCAUCCACGUUUUCC